GACCCCUACCGAUCCUAACAAAAAUGAACCUGUAAGCACAUAAACGCUAGGAUACGCGAACGCUUGUGAUCACUAGAGCACAAGUGUAAUUGAACGCGCCCUUAAGCUUCCUUUGUAGAAGGAUACAAUAUGUCGAAGAGAGGACGUGGUGGCUCCGCAGGAGCAAAAUUUAGGAUAUCAUUGGGCCUUCCAGUUGGAGCGGUCAUUAACUGUGCAGACAACACGGGUGCCAAGAACUUGUAUGUAAUUGCUGUGCAGGGAGUAAAGGGUCGCUUGAACCGUUUGCCAGCAGCAGGCUCUGGUGACAUGAUUGUGGCCACUGUGAAGAAGGGCAAGCCUGAGCUCAGGAAAAAGGUAAUGCCUGCAGUAGUAAUCAGGCAACGCAAGCCAUUCCGCAGGAAGGAUGGUGUCUUCAUCUACUUUGAAGACAAUGCAGGUGUUAUUGUAAACAACAAAGGAGAAAUGAAAGGUAGUGCCAUUACAGGUCCUGUUGCUAAGGAAUGUGCAGAUCUGUGGCCAAGGAUUGCUUCAAAUGCAAGCAGUAUUGCUUGACUUCCCAUGUUGUACACAAAAAAUUCUGUAUAAAGAGCUAAUCAUAUA